AGGGAGAGUGGUGGAGAGAGGCAGGGGCCAUUCCAGGGGUGAUAGAGGGAGUGUAGACAGCUGAAGCACUAAUGGCAAGUUUUGUUCCUUUCUUUUUGUGUUUUUUGAAUCACACAGGUUAAGAUUACGGGGGCUAAGCAUGGCCGGCGGGCUGCAGUGGUUGGGAUGCUGCUGGAUGAGACGAGAACAGCCCGCCGCCGCCGCCGCUCAUGGCGCCACUCUCUGACAACUUCAGCACUGUUCCAGAUGGAAAGGCGUUGCGCACAGCAGCAGCGCUGAUCAUGACAAGCUCGUCACUGCCUUUAUAAAUUUUGCUCAACGCAGAUUUGUUAGUAUUCACUCCUCUCCCUCUCUGCGGCUCUUUCUCUCUGCCUCUUUUUUGCCGACAAUAGCAUAGCGGUGACAUCUGACGAUUACAGAACUCCGCUGAUUGCUGAAAAAGCCAAAGGGAGAAGAAGAUCAAAGUUGGCUGACUUGCAGCUCCGGUCAGGCUCUCUGGCCAAAGUGGGGUAGGAAAUAUCUACAGGUUUCCCGAUUAAAGGAGGAAUGAGGAACUUUUUUCAGCUCUGAGCGACGUCAGUGACUGCGUGCGUCCAGGGGCGCUUGGAAACAAGACAAAUCCAAUCACCCGUCUAGCUUUCCUGGGCCAAGAGGAGGCAAGGCAAGGGGGGACGGGACGAGAAAAACCCUUCCAUGAGGACUUGAUCUGUUUCCACAAACAAUUUAGUGUAUUCAUGAGGUUACGCAAAUGUAGAGGCAGCAAAAUUACCGUAAUCAGCCGAAACAGCGAUUGCGCAUCCAUGGCGCUGAUUAUUUGGAGAUCAUCUAUCAGGCUGAUGUGUAUGUAACGAGGAAAGGGGGGCACUGAAUUACUGUCGAGUUUUCAGAGACAUCUCCAUGGUCAUUGGGCGAGGGAGUUUGGUCAGAGACAAUAAGGCUCCUUGGACGGGUGACGGAAGUAUUUCGCCAAACAUUAGAUAGCUGACUCUGCUUUGUUGGAAGGUGUUGUUUUGAAACUAAAACCCGGGCAGUUCAGACGAUCCACAGAGCCGCUUUCUCCUUAAUCUCCUUUUUUUCCCCCCCUCUUCAUUGACAAAAGAAAGAAGAAGCGGCCAAAGCACAGAUCGCACAGGGAUAAACUAAGCAUGGAAGUCAGGUACAACCAAGAAACUGAAGCCAUGGUAAUGAAGAACGGGCUGAAGGAGCCAAAGGACGGCAAAGAAUCCCAGAGCAUUUUGUCCAAAAGCUUCCAGAAGGAGCAGCAGGACUCCUUCUCCUCAUCAGGGAGUGUAGACAACUGUGAGAAGAGCAGGGCGAGCGCGGGGGACCCGGACUACUGCCGCCGAAUCCUCGUCCGAGAUGCUAAAGGCUCCAUACGGGAGAUCAUCCUUCCGAAGGGCCUGGAUCUGGACCGGCCCAAACGCACACGCACCUCCUUCACGGCGGAGCAGCUCUACCGGCUGGAGAUGGAGUUCCACCGCUGUCAGUACGUGGUGGGCAGGGAGCGCACGGAGCUGGCUCGGCAGCUCAAUCUGUCAGAAACACAGGUGAAAGUCUGGUUUCAGAACCGCCGCACGAAGCAAAAGAAGGACCAGGGAAAGGACUCGGACCUUCGCUCCGUGGUCUCAGAAACGGCCGCGACCUGCAGCGUCCUCAGACUGCUGGAGCAGGGCCGGCUGCUGACCCCUCCCGGCCUGCCAGGGCUCCUGCCUCACUGCGGCAGUGGCACUCUGGGCUCGGCCCUGCGGCCCCCCUCCAUGGCUGUGGCCGCCAACGGGAACAGCAGCGGAGGCGGCGGCGGCAGCAGCACGGCAGGUGGCAGUCCUCCGCUGCCGGCCGUUACCAGUUCGGGGACAGUGGCGGGGCUGCAGAGCUCGCCGGCGGCACACAGCCUCUUCAAUUUCCCCAUGCCGUCCUUAUUGAGCGGCGUUGCCACACGGCUCUCCUCAAACCCCCUCUCCAUGGCUGGCUCACUGGCCGGCAACCUACAGGAACUCUCGGCGCGCUACCUGAGCUCCUCUGCCUUCGAGCCUUACUCGCGGACCAAUGGGAAAGAACCCAUGGACAAGAAAAUUCUGGAAUGAUGCUUUUCUAAAACUACAAUGUGGAUUCUUUUUUUCUCUCUCUGGAUGCAUUUUCAUGGCUGUUCCUGUCUUUGUUUGGUUUGGCCAUCUGUCGAUUGUCCUGCUCUGUAGCAGUUCAUGUGUUCCUGCACACGUGGAGCCUGUUUGAGAAACAAAGACACGUGGGCUCAUCUGCAGACGCACGACGUUAAAUAGGAAGAUUUUGCACACAAUGUUUAGGCAGGAUUUAAAAACCGAGUCAGAGGGACUCAUGCUGAUAUGAGGUUACAUUUGAUCCGUUAAUCCAAAACGCCUUUCUGAGCCUGCUGGGGUGAGUUGCUGUCAACCAGCAGGCAGCGUGGAAGGGCCGACUUUUCCCGUGACAGUUUGUGUCUAAACUGGAUUGUCGUAGAAAAGACAGCAGGACGUCAAGGUCUGAGCGGCUCAAGAAGUCCAAUCGGCAAAUUUGGAACCCAGCAACAAAAAUGAUAUUGACAAACCGCUGCAGAACCUGCUGCCUUUUGAGCCUGAAUGAAGCCUCAAAAAGACCUUUAAACUCGUUUUGCUUUAGGGUCAAAUGUAACCCGGUGACAGAGUUGUCGGGUGGUUCCCAUGUUCUGUGUGGUUUUCUCUCUUCACUCUGUGGUAUUUCUGUCUCCAAGAUGCGCUAACUGAGGGUUCGCUUUCCUUUGUCUCUUCUUUUCUCAUCUUCCCGUCAGAGUUUUUCAUGCCCCUGUGACUUCUCAGAGUGUCGGUGUUUUGUUUUGUUUUUUUCCGUGCAGAAGUUUUGUACGGCAAAGAGAGAAAGGUUUUAAGCAGACUUUGUAAAAACAAUAUGAAAAGAUUUUCAGGAUUGAACACAAUCAGAAGGCUUUCCUGUGAAAAAUGCUGAACCUUUAAGGCCUUUAUCACAGACUGAGGCAGACUGCUGUGUGAGAGGAAUGACUGGUUUUAUUGUGUAACAAUGCUGAACUGAGAAUUGUACCUUAAAGUUGUUAUUUUAUUGUAAAUUAUUCACCUCUGUAAUUAAUAGAUUAUUAGUAUAUUUGGGAAAAUAAUGGAUGAAUGAAUGUAAUAGUGAGGCUGAGGAGUCAAAAGCUUUUUGGUGCUGUCGUUGUUAUAUCUCUUGAAGUUUGUAAAAUGUGCGGUACAAAUGUGCAUAUAUAUAUACAUAUAUACAUAUAUAUAUAUAUAUAUUACGUAUACGGCUUCAGACAAAGACAAGUGUGUUUUCCAUCUUUCUUUCAUACAUGUUGCUGCGGAUGAAAUUAUGAUGCGUUUACUGACUGUUAUACCUCUGAUAAACCAGCCUGACACGUGCUUUUCUCCACGUCCUCAAGUGAUUUCAACCCGGACUCAAACGGUUUGAGGAAACACUCAACACAGCAGUCACAAAGCCGGUGGUGGCAGAGCCAGAGGUACUAUGAGCCCAAACAAAUCUCAAGUAGAAUUCAUUUGUACCUCCAGUCAUUUUUGUUUGUUGGUUAAAAUAACUUGAUUUUGAUGUUUAAAAUAUCACAAAAAGCACCUGCCCAAAAACAUUCUACUCCAAGGUCAAUCAUUAAAGGAAGAUCAAGAGCGCAAUAUCCUCAAAUUAGAACAUAGUAACACACAAUAAAAGGAUUUUAUGUAGACAAAAAGAAUAUAAUGAGGCUGCAUAAGAAUGUUUCAUUAAACCGAAGCCAACAAGUGUUCAAGGCAACAGUGUGAAAAUAGUUCAAAAAGGAUUUUUUUUUCUUCAAGAAAUCGCCUCUUUUUUUAAAAAUAAAUGACUCCUCAAAGUACACAGUUUCUAUUUGUUCUUAUAACGCUUUUAUCUAGGCAUCACAACAGUCCUAAAUAUUUUAUGGCAGGUAUGGAUGUUGAUUUCUGUCAAUAAAUAUGGAAAAAUAUUUGCAUGAAAGGUUAUUCCAUUACAAUAAUAUAUUGCUUUAUUAAGAAUUAUUAUUGAUUAAUUUGGUUGAAUGUGCAAAACCCAGACUGUCUGGGGGAUCCAGACUGCAAGAUGCUCGUGGUCAAAAUUGUUUUUCUGACCACAUAUUGACGCCUACAUUUACUUCCAGCUAUGAAGAAAAGCCAUUUGUGUUUUUGCUUUCAUGUAGAUGCUAAAUGAAUUGGAGCAGAAGCUGUUUAAUGCAUAUUUGCAUCAAAAGGUCUCAAAGGGUUAAAGGAAACGUUAAAAAAAAAGUUACAACAAAAUUAUUUUAACACUAAAAGCAUCAAAAUUGAAGCUAAAGUUCCGAACAGUCAUCUGAUUUCGGAACAUCUGAAAAACCCAAAAAUCCUGAAUGAUUAAAACCCUCUAAGCUGCAGACAGACGUAUUAAAAUUCUGCUUAUCUAA